CAGCGUCGCAGUCCUCUCCCGGCCUCCGGCCUCCGCCUGGCCUGCCCGCAGCAUCCGAGGGCAAUGAACUGAAGAUGCCACUGCCCGGAGAGAGUGUGGCCUGAGGCUGAGGUGCAGGCCUCCCUGUGGCUCCGCGCAUGACCAGGUAAAGGCAGAGUAUGCCCAGCCCAGCCGCAUGUGCACUGUGACCGGACAGCUCGAUCUGGCGUGAAGGAGAAGCGCCAGCCCCGUGCCAAGCUGGAGAACCUGGAACAGGUCCUGAAGCACAUGCGCGAGGCUGCGGAGCGGAGGCAGCAGUUGGAGCUGGAGCAUGAGCAGGCCCUGGCCAUUCUCAAUGCCAAGCAGCAGGAGAUCGAGCUCCUACAGAAGGCUCAGGUUGAAGCAAAGAAGGAGCAUGAGGGGGCUGUGCAGCUGCUAGAGUGCAGGGUCCGGGAGCUGGAGGAGAAAUGCCGGGCGCAGAGUGAGCAGUUCCGCCUGCUGUCGCGGGACCUGGAGAAGUUCCGGCAGCACGCUGGGAAGAUCGACCUGCUGAGUGGUGGCGUGGUGGCCACGCUGGACGUCCCUGUGGCCCCUGGCAAGGCUUUGCCGCAGUUCAUGAACGGGCUUGCCACCUCCCUCCGCAAGGCCCCAUGUUCCCCAGCAGGUCAUGAGGGACCCGCUGGGCAUUACUCUGUGAUCAGUGACCACAUCCCACUCCACGGGGACAAGCCAGAGCCUCUGCCUGCCAAGCCCAGCUUUCUAUUGCGAUCCAGCAGCCCAAGAUGCAGAUUUGAGUCCGAUAUGGACAAUGAACGGAACUCCAAUACCUCAAAGCGGAGAUACUCGGGGAAGGUCCACCUGUGUGUCGCCCGCUACAGCUACAACCCCUUCGAUGGGCCCAAUGAGAACCCUGAGGCUGAGCUGCCUCUUGCAGCGGGAAAAUACCUCUACGUCUACGGGGACAUGGACGAGGACGGCUUCUACGAAGGAGAGCUCCUGGAUGGGCAGAGGGGCCUGGUACCCUCCAACUUCGUGGACUUUGUCCAGGACAGCGAGUCGCGCUUGGCUGCCACCCUGGGCAGUGAGCAGGACCGGAACCUCCUCAACCGCUCGGGCAUGGGCGUGGGCAUGGGCAUGGAGGGUGAAAGCAUCCUGGACCUGCACUCCCCGCCCCAUGUGGACCUGGGUGUCACCGGCAAUGGCGGGGGGCCACUGGAUGUGAACCUGGACGACGUUGGAGAAGACAUUGUGCCUUACCCCCGGAGGCUGGCCCUGAUCAAGCAGCUCGCCAAGAGCGUCAUUGUGGGCUGGGAGCCCCCGGCCGUGCCACCCGGCUGGGGCGCUGUGAGCGGCUACACCGUGCUGGUGGACACGGAGCCACGCCUGAGCCUCCCGCUGGGCACCAGGACCAAGGCCCUGGUGGAGAAGCUGGACACGGCUGCCUACACCUACCGCAUCUCCGUGCAGUGCAUCACCAGCCGGGGCAGCUCGGACGCUCUGAUGUGCACACUGCUGGUGGGCAAGGAUGUGGUGGUGGCCCCCUCGCACCUGCGGGUGGACAGCGUCACGCAGGUCUCAGCGCAGCUGUCCUGGCUGCCCACCAACAGUAACUACAGCCACGUCAUCUUCCUCAAUGAGGAGGAGCUUGACGUGGUCCAGGCCGCACACUACAAGUACCAGUUCCUCAGCCUGCGGCCCAACACGGCCUACAAGGUCCGGGUCCUGGCACGGCCACACCAGAUGCCCUGGCAGCUUCCUCUGGAGCAGCGGGAGAAGAAGGAGGCCUUAGUGGAGUUCUCCACACUGCCUGCAGGUCCUCCAGUGCCCCCACAAGAUGUCGCUGUCCAAGCUGGAGUCACAGCAGCCACUGUCCAGAUCUCUUGGAAGCCACCUGCACUGACCCCCACCGGGCUGUCCAGUGGAGCAAAUGUCACUGGCUACGGCGUGUACGCCAAGGGGCAGCGGGUCGCCGAGGUCGUCUUCCCCACUGCAGACAGCACCCAGGUGGAGCUCGGGCGGCUGCGAGGCCUGGAGGCCAGGGCCGUGACUGUGCGGACCCUCUCUGCUCAGGGCGAGUCUGCCGACUCGGCCCCCGCUGCCAUCCCCCCUGACCUCCUGGUGCCUCCAGCCCCAGUGCCCAGGGUGGUGCCCCCUCCGAAGCCGUUAGCCAGCGCCCCUGAUACCAAAGACGAGCACCUGGGUGUCCACACCAAGGCGGAGCCCUGGGAGCAGAGCCGGAUGCCAGGCCCUGGGCACGGAAACCUGCUGGAGCCUCCCAGCCUGCAGGGUGCUGGCCCCGGGCGGAGGUCACCCUCCCCGAGCCGCAUCCUCCCGCAGCCGCAGGGCACCCCUGUGUCCACCUCUGUGGCCAAGGCCAUGGCCCGUGAGGCUGCACAAAGGGUGGCCGAGAGCACCAGGUUAGAGAAAAGGAGCCUCUUCCUGGAGAGGGACAGCGUGGGGCCAUACGCCAACUCGGACGAGGAGGGUGGUUAUGCUUCACCUGAGCUCAAGAGGAGGGGCCCCUCUGUGGAUGACUUCCUGAAGGGGUCCGAGCUGGGCAGGCAGUCCCACUGUUGCCAUGGAGAUGAGUACCACACAGAGAGCAGCCGGGGCUCAGACCUGUCAGACAUUCUGGAGGAGGACGAGGAGGAGCUCUACUCAGAGAUGCAGCUGGAAGAUGGUGGCCGGCGGCGGCCCAGCAGUGCCUCGCACAGUGCCCUCAAGAUCCUAGGCAGCUCCGCAUCAGCAGGACGGGUGGCACGGGCACAGCAUCUUGGCCGGAGGUUCCCCCACGGUGGCGCCGGUCCACAGAGGCCCCAGCUGGCCGUCGAUGGCUAUGCUGGGCACGACCGCCUCUCCCCAGACUUCUAUGAGGAGUCGGAGACGGACCCCGGGGCUGAGGAGCUCCCAGCCCGCAUCUUCGUAGCUCUCUUCGACUAUGACCCGCUCACCAUGUCCCCCAACCCUGAUGCUGCUGAGGAGGAGUUGCCCUUCAAAGAAGGCCAGAUCAUCAAGGUGUACGGUGACAAGGAUGCCGAUGGCUUCUACCGCGGGGAGACCUGCGCCCGGCUUGGCCUCAUCCCCUGCAACAUGGUCUCCGAGAUUCAGGCGGAGGACGAGGAGCUGCGGGGCCAGCUGCUGCGCCAGGGCUUCCUGCCCCUCAGCACCCCGGUGGAAAAGAUAGAGAGGAGCAGGAGGGGCGGCCGGCCAUACUCGAUGUCCACGCGGAGAAUGGUGGCCCUGUACGAUUAUGACCCACGGGAAAGCUCACCCAACGUGGAUGUCGAGGCUGAACUCACGUUUUGCACAGGAGAUAUUAUGACUGUUUUCGGUGACAUCGACGAAGACGGAUUUUAUUACGGGGAGCUGAAUGGGCAGCGAGGCCUGGUGCCUUCCAACUUCCUGGAGGAAGUGCCCGAUGACGUGGAGGUCUACCUGUCCGAUGCCCCAUCCCUCUGCUCCCAAGACACAGCCCUACGUGCCAAGGCCAAAAGGAAGAAGAGCGUUCAUUUCACACCCUAAGCAGGCAUGUAGCCUUCACGUAAGUGAGCAGCGGAGACACCUAGAGAGAUACCGACUUAAGCUACCUACACGGACCGUGCGGUAGCCUUAAGGCUUCACUGUGGGCUUACAGAGAGGACAAAGAAAUAUGUCUCAAAGCCUUGGACCCAAAGUGCUAGGCUAUCACUUGGUCUCAGUUGUAAAGCAACUGAACACGGAGUGAGAAUAUGCUCUUUUCCAGUUCUCUCCUACGAAUGCCCUUCAGUAUUGGGAAGGCCAGCAUUGGGAACAUAUUUCUUACCCAGCGAGCUGUCUGUUCACAGAGAGCGCUCCACUGUCUGCUCUGAGUUAGAGCUGCAUAUUGCAUUGUUAGCCACUCAACAAAGCACAACCUAACCAGUCUGUUUACUUGAGGGAGUUUUCCUUUGAAGCCAAAUGAGAGCCACCCUCUAAUCUUAAGAAGGAACAGGUGAGGGGUGGACAGCGGUGGCCCAUAACCAUACCUCUACUGUGGGAGAGAGCGUCGCUCCCCGCCCCACAAGCACAAGCAUGUGCACAGGCAGGCGGCCUCUGUGGGUUCCAAUGCAAUACUGCGUGUCUGACACGUGCAGCUCCGCGAUUGCACUAGGGAACCUGUGGUAUCUUCAGGUGUGCUCUGGGAUGCACUUCUAGGUGUCUUCCAUUACAAGUAGACCUUGAUUCCAAAUCCAAGCAAGCUUGAGGCCCCUCAGCUGUCUGCCUGCCGCCUAAUGAACCUCACCUCCCCUGCUCUGCGGGAGCGAGAGCCUGGGAGUGGCGGCCAGGACCUGCAGCGCUGGGGGUAUGGAAAUGCUCCCCAUGCUACAGACGGGACAAAAUCCCGCUCAAUCAUUUGGAAGUAGCGCAAACACACACUAAGGGCCUUUAAGCUUCCUUUGAUUGUAAUUAAGGGUCACUUUAGUUUUUUUUUUCUUUCAACCGGUGUGCCAUCUCCAAUGUUUCUGUAGUUUCUAACUGACCCAAGAGUGCACUCAACAACGCCAGGAUUUUGUAUAACCAAAGUAGCUUUCAAACGCAUCCAAAUUCCCUCUUAAGAUGACUGAUGGGUCCUCGGCCAACCUGACUCAGUCUGAUUCCAACACCUCCCCAUCUCUAGUCCGAAUUCGCAGAGUAAAUUGUGACCUAGCUUUGUUUACCAAAGCCACGGCCACCCCCCUCCCAAGCACCGGCCGUGGAGAGAGGCCGCUGUGGGAGAGGGGCGUGCUGCCUGGGCGCACUCUGACACUUGAAAGAAGAAACGAACCACCCUUCCUUCCUGUGGCGGGGGACGGGCGGUGCGGUGUGCCGCGAGCGGAGGGCGUCGGUGGGCAGCACUCAGUAAACUGUCACAAUGUACCUACUAGGUUCCUCCUGAGGGUUCAGGGCCAACAAGGAGAGCUCCAUCCCCCACAGUCCACCUCCAUUCGGGGUCACCUACGUCAUCCAUG